GGCGGCGAAUUCAAGUCGCCAACCGGCCGUUAGUGCAGAGAGUGAGAGAGAGAGAGGGAGAGACAGACAGACAGACAGACAGACAGAGCGACAGAGAGACAUGAAGCAGCAGCGCUGAGGAAGCUCCUGCAGGUAGAUGAUGUUGAGGAGACGGAGCAGCAGCAGCAGCGCGAAAGGCUCGACCAAGCGGAGGAGCAGCAGCGCCGCGAGCUUCGACGAGUUCGGCUUCGCGUUCAGUAAGAAAAGACAGAAGAAGCUGCAGCACAGAUGCCACGACUACAGUUAUCCGCAGCCAAACGCCCUCAAAGUCAAAGAGCUGUGUGAGUUACUGAGCUACUGGAAUGGAUCCAGUUUCAUCUGCAGAAAUCAGAUUGAGCGGUUUAUCCGAAUUGGCAUCCCUCCAGCACUGCGAGGACGGGUGUGGAAGUGCCUUCUGGACAUUGACACCGUCAGAGUGUCCAGUGACUUCAGUUAUCAGACGUGUCUGAGUGAGAUCCGGAAGCCUCUGGUGGAUCUCGGAGUUAGCGAGUACAGCAUCAUCUCAGCCAUCACUACACUCAGCGACAAAGAAAAUGACCUGGGCUUGGGCCAGACAUCGGACACGCACUCUGCAGCCUUCUCCAGUGCGGACGUGGCUCUUUUCAGACAGAUCGCCCUGGACCUGCAGAGGUCUUUUCCAACACACCGCUCGCUGAUGGGAGACAGUCCUGAAGCUAUUGAGGGUCAGGCCAAGCUUUUCCGAGUGCUCACCGCAUAUGCUAAAUAUAAUCCUCAGAUUGGGUACAGCCAAGGAAUGUCCUACAUUGCUGCGGUGUUUCUCAUGCUCCUGGGCGAGGAGGAAGCUUUUUGGGCUUUAGUGGUUUUACUUGAGAAACCCAAAUACCUGUCUGAACUGUUCGACUCCUCGCUCAAGAAGAUCCAGCAUCAGGCGCUGGUGUUUCAGCAGUUACUAAAGCACCGGAAACCACAGCUUUUCCAACACCUGGAGAAACUGGGUGUAUCAUCUCUCCAUUUCGUCAUGCAGUGGUUCCUGACUAUCUUCACCUCUCUGCCCUGCUGGGACUCCGUGCUGGUUGUCUGGGAUCUCUUCUUGCUACACGGUCUGUUGGCAGUGUUUCGUGCUGGACUGACCAUCCUGCAGCUGUUGGAGCCUCGUCUGAUGAAUAUGACGGAGGAGGCGGCGGUGCUGCCGGUGCUGCUACGUGUGCCUGUGGAUGUGGCCCAGUACUCUGUACUGAUUCCAGCCCUGUGGAGCACUGAGGUGCAGGAGUGGGAGAUCAGCUGCAUGAACAGCGUCAUCCUGGAGGAGACGGCUGCGGAACCGAGCUCAGAGAAAGCUAAGAAGGACAGUCCGCUUCCUCAGAGAAGUGAUGAGCAGAAAGAAAAGAGACCGGCUGUGGAGCCACUUGAGCAGGACCGACCCUCAAAGAAAGGUCAGCGGGUUCAAAGAGGUGAGGUUGAAGGGUCAGGAGGUAAGAAUGUGUUUGCGCGGAUUCUGAGAGCAGCACAGCGCUACCUAACAGACGCAGCUAAGCAGAGCACAGCGGCCACGGCCAAGACUUCUCCUCCUGCCAAAAGCAGCCCGGCUGUGUCCCGCCAGCCUAAGAAGAGGACCUCGGCCUCCUUUACGCAGGCGCAGAGGAGGAGGAGCCAAAAGAGGCAAUCUCAGAAUGCAGCGGUGGGCACUGACGGAAACGGACCAUUCCCGCAUCAGGAUACUGAUGGAGGCACAGCUGAGGACAGCUCCCUGGCGCCUUUGAGGAGGCUGAGGUCAGGGCCGGUGGGCAGAGUGGCCCGCAGACGCAGCGGUGUCCAGUCCAGUCAGGGUAGGUCCCUCCUGCUCCGGCGGAGCAGCGCACAGUCCCAGAAACCCUCCAGCGCAGCACAAGCCCCUGCCCCAGCCUCAGCUUUGUCCCGGGACCCAAACCAGGCCAGUGUGGAGCCUCGGGAAUCCCCACAGAGGAACCCGUCUCCAGGCCGCCCACCUUUGGCUGAGAGGAGUGUCCUCAGUCCCUAUUCAGGCAGUGAGGUACGGGAAUCCCAGCUUAUCUGACACAGGUGGAGGAGGCCUGACCCCGAGCUUCAGUCCUCACAGAUCAACUCCAGCCUGAACAAGGCCAGCUACACGUGCACCUUCCCAUCCUUACUCACCACUCAAGUGCUGACUACUACAUAAUGUACUGACCACUGGUCAGAGUGUAGGCUUAGUGGACUGGGUUAUCUUAGUGAUUUCCAGCCCUGAUUCAGUUCAGAAAAAGGCUUGUAGCUGCAUAGUUGUAUUAGAGGGGAUCAGGCAAGUGAAAGCAUUCUAAAUAUAGCCAAUAUAUCUAAUAUUUCAACAUUUAGUUCAAAUUUCGUCACAAUUAAAUCUUCUAAUUGUGAACAAAGGGAUUCACAGUGGUUUGAUGUGAAAUGUGCAAUACUAGAGAAGCUUGCCAAAUCAGAGUGGUUCAGUGGUGCUGAUAGGAACCGAACAUCCCUUGCAGAACAUUACACACACACACACACACACACACACAUAUAUAUG